AUGGCAAAAAUCAAUUAUGUGCGAGGUAGCCGAAUAAUAGGAGGACAUGAGGCUAAGCCUCAUUCCCAUCCGUACAUAGUGUCUUUGCAGCUCCGGUUUUUGUGGGCAAGUGCGCACCUAUGCGGAGGCAGCAUCCUCAAUGAGAAUUGGAUUCUGACUGCAGGCCACUGCAUAUCCGAGUCUUGGUUGAUAAGAUUGCUGAAUAUCGAUGCUGUGGCAGGCGCUCACGACGUAGAACAGUUUGGACCAUUGGCCCAAGUGGCGAGAAUCGACCAACGGAUUCCACAUCCUUUAUACGCUGGUGGCGUAGGGCCACACGAUAUAGCUGUACUAAGCACUAAAACUAAAUUCACCUUCUCGAAAUAUGUCCAACCGGUGAACUUACCAACUUCUAACUAUAGAAUGGAUGACAAACCACUAAUGACAGCUGGCUGGGGUGCCUUGAGAAGCACAGUCUUGAUUCCUGACUUGCCUCGCAGAUUACAGGAACUUCAAGUAAAAUACAUACCUUACAAAGAAUGUUUUAAAGCUAUUGAUGAUGUUAAGGAACCUUUCGAAACAAAUCCCUUAGAACAAGAUGCUCAUGUGUGUACUGGUCCAUUGGGUGGAGGAAUGGCGGCUUGUAGCGGAGAUUCUGGAGGUCCACUAGUACAAGUCGUACCCAGAUAUAGAUUAAUACCAUACGAUGAUAUAGAAGAAGAAUAUGGACGGGCUGAAAAUGUAGUCAGUAGCGGUGAAGACUACACUACAGUUGAGGAUACCGACUUAAGUGCUAAUAUGACUGAAGAAAUACCCGUUAUUCUAGGGGUAGUAUCUUUUGGUUUCUCUCCUUGUGGCUACAAAGGUGCUCCAACAGUGUAUACUAAAGUAUCGAAUUACUUAGAUUUUAUAGAAGCGUUUGUAAAAUAAAAAAAUAUAAAUAUUUUAUAAUUUUAUUAAAUACUAGCU